GUAAUAAUUAAAAUAAUACAAAUAAUUAAAAUUAAGCGAAAGUAUCAAAUAUUAACCAAAACAAUUUAACAAAAAGUUCUUUUAGCGAACUACAUUCGAAACUAAAAUCGUAACGUACAACAACAAUAGUUUUGUUUUUAAUCCUCAUCAACAGUUUUUCGUUAAUCUCGUUGUUGUUGUGAAUAAAUCGAUAAUUGUAUAAUAUCAAGAACACAAAACAAAAAGCAAAAAAAAAAAAAACAAAAAGAAAAAUGCCACCACUAAUGGAACGAACACUGCUGCUCUUGGGCAUCCUUUGCUGUUUACAAGCAACCACUGCGCUGAUGUGUUACGAUUGCAAUAGCGCCUACGAUCCCAAUUGCGGUGAUCCAUUCGAACCAUAUACCUUGGGUAAGGUUAACUGCACCCAACAGGAGGUUAAGGAACAUCUUAAAGACAAAUACACCAAACCUUUGCUCUGCCGUAAGACAACACAAAAGGUUUAUGGCAAGGUGCGCGUGGUGCGCGGUUGCGGCUACAUACCCGAUAAGAGCGAUGAUGGCCUAUGCAUGAAACGCUCCGGCACACAUGACGUGCAGGCAAUCUAUUGUGCGUGCACAUCUGAGCUGUGCAAUCAUGCCGCCUCCACAUUGUAUCAGAACAACAAUCAUCCCAUACUAUCGGCAUUACCCUAUACAUUAGCAGCGUUCUUUGUUUGGUUUGCCACAUUUUCGAGUCAUUUCAAUAUCAAUGCUUUUGGUGCUGUGCAAAAUUCAUAAAUAGUACGAUAUAUACAGAAGCCUACACGCAUAUAUAGUAGAAAUAAAUAAGCAUACAUACAUACAAGCAUACAUACAUACAUAUGAUAGAUGUGUAUAUGUGUAUUAAGGAAAUGAAGUCGCGAAGUUUUCAUUUAACCACUUUAAGUUUGGGAAGUCACAACACAGUCAUAUACACCAGAACACACACACACCCAUACAUACACAUGCAUUGCAUAAUUCAAGCGAAAUAGAGCAAACAAAGCGCAAGUAAAAGCAGAAGUUGAUUAGACAUAAAGAAAGAAAAGGAAAGCGCAACCAACACUUAACGGUUAAAAAUAGCAUGGAACAAAAGCUGACGGUUGUUAACCAAGUUUAAAGGAGAGCGACGCUGGAGAAGCAUGUGUUGCAUAAGCAGGCAAAUGAAAUCAGCACACUUGAGAUUGCAUAACCCCAUUCAAGCUUAAAUACAGAAAUAAAGUAAAUUAAUAGAAAUUAAUACGAAAAACAGCGAUUUGUUCAACUAAAACCGAAAGCAAGCAUCUUUACUGUAUAUGUUGGCCCUAAAAGUAUGCUAAUAAAUAUAUCUUUUUCGUUCGACGACAAUGCAAUUGACAAAGCCGGAAAAUAUUGCUGUUGAAAGCAGGUUAUGUUACAAUUAAGGCGAACCAUGCGAAUAAAUGUGCGCGCCAGCGCUGCUGCGUAUGUACAUAUGUGGCUGUUAUGAAACAAUACGCAUACAUAUAUAUGUAUAUACAUAAUUAACUUACUUAUACAAUAUGACAUUUAAGUUAUUAGGAAGAAAAGAAAAAAAAAACACAGAAACAUUAGAAAAAAAUCAAAUACAAGGAAAACAAAAAUAACUGCCGUCACAUGUCUUGCGAAGAAGUAUUCGAAAUGUUUAAUAAUAGUUUCACAGUGUAUAUAUGUAUGUAUGUAUGUAACCAACACAUGCUGACACUAGCAACGCACGUCACAAAUAUCUACGCAUGAACUUCACAUGAAAUUGUGUUUGCAGCGUUAUUGAAGCAGCA